AAUGAAUGGGACUGAUAUAAUAUUUUCAGCUUUAAGUUCAUAACCUGAGAAUCUACAGAUAGAAUUAUAGGCUGAAUAGUAAAAUGAAUAUGAAAAAGAAUACUUGGAAGCAGAUUUGUGUUCAAGAAUACGAACAAGAAAUCCAAGUUCCAACAAUUUCACAAUUAAAUCAACAACAAACAUUGACACUCGUAGAAAUUGUGAAGUAAUACUUUACACAUUACAAAGCCAUUAAUUAACUAAGAUGAUGAUAACAAGAAAAAUAUUUGUAAAAAGACAGGCACUAAUCUAAUGAAAUAUUUUUAUUUGAAAAGAUUUAUUUAACGUAUCAGAAACAAUAGAACUAAGUUAUAAAAUGUCAAUGAAAAUCAUAUCAAAUUAAUUAACGAUAAUUCAAGUGAUAGUUAAUUCAUGAUGUAAAUUCUUAAAUUAAACAAUCAUCCUCAUUUUUAAAUACGCAACGUUACUAAAUUAUUUAGAGAAAAUACUCUAUCCUCACAUGAACAUGCAUUCAUUAUUUGGAUGAGAGAAAAGACUUAAUAAAGUAGAAAAUAUAUCUAUGAAAUUUUAUCUAAAAUACCUUAAAUACAUCCUGAAUCACUUAAGAAGAUAGUUUGGGAUUAUUGGACUAUUCUUUUUCGAUUACUUUUAUUAAUAAUGAUUCCAUUAGAAAUUGCAUACCAACCAUAAUUUUUAUUUGAUAAGUCAAUGGGACUUACUAUUUCGAUUAUCUUUAUUUUAAUUAUUGAUAAUAUAUUAAGAUUUAAUACUAUAUGUUACUUAAGUGGAUAAGCAGUCUAUGAUAGAUGGUAGAUUACUUAAGUAAAUUUAAAUUUUUAAACUUUUUCUGACUUAGCUUUAAUAUUUUUAUUAAUAUACUUUCUUUAAAAUGAAGGAAAUUAAUUUUAAUAUUUAAUGCUUUUAAUAUCUCUGACACAACACUACCAAAUUAAUUAAACGUUAUAAAAAAGUGAAGAAUCCCAAUAUUUUACAAAAAAAUAAAAAGCGUUCAUUAAUUUAUUCAAGUUACUAAUUUAUUUGAUCUAUGUUCUUCACUUGUUUUCUUGUAUAUGGUUUUUUAAUAGUUCUUUAAAUUAUGGAAAUUCUUGGAUUAUUUUAAAAGAAUUAGAUCAUCAACAAUGGCAACUUUAAUAUUUAGAAGCAUUUUAUUUUGCAAUAGUUACUAUGCUUACAAUUGGAUAUGGUGAUAAUGUGCCGAAAACAUGGAAUGAAAAAAUUGUAGCGAUCUUUUUUAUCUUGAGUGCUUGUUUAUGGUUUUCAUAUAGUAUAAAUGCAAUUGGAACUAUAAUUAAAGAAAUAAAUCUACAUUUUAUGGAAAGGAGCAAGAAAAUUAGAGUUAUCAAUAGAUAUAUGCAUUAAAGAAAUAUACCUUUCUCUUUGUAAUACAGAAUAAGAGAGUAUUUAACAUUUAGAUGGAAAGAAGAAGCUGAAAUUGAUUUAUAAUAAGAAGAAACUUUAUUAAAUGAAUUAUCUGAAGAAUUAAAGUAAGAUUUAAAAAAAUAAGCAAAUAAUGUAUUUUUCAAACAUUGCGACUUUUUAUUUAAAAAUUUUAGUUUAGAAUUAUAGAAUUCUCUCUCUCCUUUUAUAAAAAGGAAAAUAAUUUAACCUUAGAAUACAUUUUCUAUUUACACUCUAAGUGAUUUUUAUUAGCCACAUUUGUGUUUUGUUGAAUAAGGUCAAUUGUAGUAUCAAAAUGUUUUAAAUGUUUCUUUAAAAAGUGUUUAGAAUUAAGGUUAAUUUUUGGAAGUUUAAGAAUUCAUAGAAGAGAAUGAUAACUCAUAAACAUUUAAGGCCAUAGGAUAUGUAAGUUUACUUGUUUUAAGCAAGGUAAUGUUGUUGUUUAAAGCUUUUAGUCAGAUUUUAUAUCUAUUAUACGUUAAUAUCCAAAAGAUUACCAAAAAUAUUGCAAUUUAAGAGAUUAAUUUAUACUUCAAAUUAAUCGUUAACAUUUAGUAUUUGGAUAAUACUGUGCUGCUUGUAAUACUAAUAGUCAUACCUUAAAGGAAUGCCCAAAUUUAUCUAUCAGUCUUGAUAGAGAAUUAAUAAUCAAAAGAUAUCAAUAUACAUACGAAUAAUAAAGAAAAUUCAGAAAGAGAUCCAAAAAAAGGGGAAAGACAUCUUUUUCAACAAGAUGCGAUAGAGAGAUCAUAGAAUAAUUUGCUAUAUAUUUUUAAAAUGAAUAGCCAAAAUUAGUUUAAAAUUAGUUAUCAAAAUAAUUAACUUAUGAAUAGGAUUUUGAUGAUGCAAAAUCAGAUAUUAAUGAAUAAUCUCCAAUAAAUAAAACAUUUCACUUUAAAAGAUAGGAAUCAAUAUAAUUACCAAGAUAUUCUUUAUAAAGUGGAGAGGCAAUAUCAAUUUAAAAAUAAAAUAAUAUUAAUGACUCUAUUGCUUCGAGUGAAAAUAACUCUAUUUAAAAUUUGAAAUUGUCUACUAGAUAAUAAUGUAUGAUAAGUACUAAUAAAUUUAUGUCUGCAAAAUUAUCAAAAUACAAAAAAAUGUGCUCAUAAUAAAAUCCUAAGAUAGCUUUGAUUGAUACUGAUGAAUCAUUAAAGAUUGAUAUUUAAGAUUGCAUCUAUUAGAAUAUUGAAUAAUUGUACAAUAAAAUCUUUAAUGAAGAAGCAAUGAUACCUAUAGAUAGAUCAAUACAAGAUUUAUAAAUUUUAUACUUUUCAUUGAAAGCCUAGUAAGGUAUAGAAUAAUUCGAGAUUGUAAAGAAUUUUAGUUCUUAUAUGAUUAAUCAUAAUAUCGAAAAUAUUAUAUUGUAAACAGAACAGAAAUAUCAUAGUCUACUUUUGAAACCUAUCAAUCAAUUAAUAAGAUUUAUGUAUUAUCCAUAUGAGUUUAUAAUGAAAUUUUAAAAGAUUAAGACAUAAAGAUUGAAAUUGUUGAAUUUUUAUAAGAAAAGAUCAUUUAAGAAUUUGAAAUAGAAAUAAUCAAAAAUAAAUGAUUUGGUAAGGAAAUGGGAGACUCCAAGGAAAUCAUAUCGUUUUAGUGUAAUAAUUCCAAAUGAUGAGUGA